AUGGCUGUUCUGCAGCAGAAGCUGAAGUCCAUUAAAAUCCCUGACAUGUCGGGUAAGGAGAAAGUGUCUCCAAUUGGCAAAGUGCAGUACAGCUUGACAGAGAUGCAGAUUGAAAGUGUCAGUCUUCCCAAGUCAGCAGUCGGGUUAUCUCCAGGCACUGGGGUUGUGUUAUCCAUAGGCAACGCCUACAUUAGCAUCAAGGGGAACUGGCGUGUGAAAUAUCUAAGGAUUGUUAAAGACCACGGCUCUUUCGAUCUGUCAGUUAGCGGCCUGACAAUUUCGGCAGGUAUCGGAGUGUCCCGCGACGAGACGGGACGUCCCACAGUGUCGAGUGCCAGCUGCUCCACCAGCAUCGGGGGAGUGAGAAUCAAGUUCCAUGGCGGGGCAAGCUGGCUGUACAACCUGUUCUCGAAGUUCAUUGAGAAAGCCCUUCGCAAAGCGCUCAGUGACAAGGGCGAGUUCUAUAACAUCGGGCAGCACCGUGAACCCCCCUUUACUGCGCCCCCAUUCUCCCUCCCCGAGCAGGCCAGCAGCAUGCUGUACAUUGGGGUGUCUGAGUUCACUCUGAAUUCUGCUGGCUUUGUAUACUACAGCGCUGGAGUGCUCAACACCAAUGUCACAGACGACAUGAUUCCAAAAUCGUCCCCUCUUAGACUGAACACCCAAACAUUUGGAGUUUUCAUCCCUCAGAUUGCGCAAUCCUAUCCUAACAUGUCAGUGAAGCUCAUUGUGCAAGCCACCCAACAGCCACAUGCCACCAUGCAGCCCAGCAACGUCACAGUGGAGGUGAUGGGAUCCAUCACUGCCUACGUCAUCAAACCCGACUCCACCCUUGCACCCCUCUUCAUUCUCGGUAUGAUUCAAUCCCUGCAGACUGUGCUUCAGCUGGCUUUGAAAUCUGCUGUGCUGCCCAAGGUUAAUGAGCUCCUGAAAGAAGGCUUCCCUCUCCCUACCAUUGACAAGAUGAACCUCGUUAAUGCUCAGAUCCAGAUUCUCAAGGACUAUGUACUGAUUGGGACAGAUGUUGCCUUCACAGGAAGUCCAGCCAGAUACUCAGACACAGCCAAGGCCAGGUAUCUCAGCUCAGUUUACUACCACUAUUACACUUGUCUUACCUGA